GGUUCGUCUGAUGAAGGAUAAAGAUCUGAGAACAAAGCUGAUGAAUGAAAUCAUGAAUGGAAUUAAGGUUUUAAAAUUGUAUGCUUGGGAAUCUUCUUUCAUAAAAGAAAUUAUGAAACUCAGAAAUAAAGAGGUUGCCAGUUUGAAAGCUCAAGCCUAUUUAAAUGGUGCAGUGACUUUUGCAUUUGCAUGUGCUCCAUUUCUUGUGUCUUUGGCAAGUUUUGCUACUUUUGUACUUAUUGAUUCAAAUAAUGUAUUAGAUGCCAACAGAGCUUUUGUUUCACUGUCUCUAUUCAAUAUUCUUCGAGUUCCUACUGCCCUUCUGCCAAUGAUUAUAACAUUUACUGCCAUGUUUGUAGUCUCUUUGAAAAGGAUUAAUGCUUUCCUGCAAAGUGAUGAAAUUGAUCUUGAUGCCGUUCAACAUGAUCCAUCGGAAAAAGCUCCUGUUGUUAUUAAAGAUGGCACAUUUUCAUGGACAAAAGAAGAUCCACCUGUUCUUUCCAACUUAAAUUUCCAAGCAGAAGAAGGUGAACUGGUGGCAGUUGUUGGACAAGUUGGAUCGGGAAAAUCAUCCUUAUUAGCAGCUUUACUUGGUGAUAUGGUGAAGUGGUCUGGAAAAGUUAAUGUAAAGGGAUCUGUAGCAUAUGUUCCUCAACAAGCCUGGAUACAGAAUGCAACGUUAAAAAAAAAUGUCUUAUUUACAAAAUCUUACGAUUCAAAGAGAUAUAAAACUGUUUUGGAUGCCUGUGCUUUGACACAAGAUCUUGAAAUUUUACCUGGUGGUGAUCAGACAGAAAUAGGUGAAAAGGGUAUUAAUCUUAGUGGUGGCCAGAAACAGAGAGUUAGUCUUGCUAGAGCUGUCUACAAUGAUGCAGACAUAUACUACUUCGAUGACCCAUUGAGUGCUGUUGAUGUGCAUGUUGGGAAACACAUUUUUGAGCAAGUCAUUGGACCUCAAGGACUUCUAAAGAAUAAGACAAGAAUUCUCGUAACUCAUCGAAUCACAGUUCUCCCAGAAGUUAAUACCAUAGUAGUCCUGCAGAAUGGUAAAGUGACUGAAGUGGGGUCUUAUGCUGAACUACUAGCAAAAAAAGGAGCAUUUGCAGAUUUUCUUAUUCAGUAUCUUCAAGAAAGUGCAAAGGAAGGAACUGGUGAAAUUUUACCUGAUGAAUUAGAUCUGAUACAAGAAAUAGCUGCUACUGUUGGAGCUCCAACAAAUAUAGUUAGACAGCUUUCUAAAAUGAGUGAUGGCAGUGAAUCUGAUAGCAGUACUGUUAGUUCACCUAAGAGAACCAUGUCUCUGUCUUUACCAGAAGCUGGAGAAGGACCUCGUAGGCGAACCAAAAGCGAGUUUGAUACUCCAGACAGAACAAUAAGUAAAAGGGACUCUGUGAUAAAGACCAGUGUGGGUACAAAAUUAACAGAAAAAGAAGUUAUGGAAGUUGGCUCAGUCAAAGCUUCUGUAUAUAUUGAUUAUAUCAAAUCAUAUGGUAUCUGGAAUUCGUUUUGGACAGUUGUUAGUUACAUACUUUCAACAGCUUUCAGUUUAGGAUCAAGUUUAUGGCUCAGCUCAUGGAGUAAUGAUGCACUUGAUCCUUCAAAAGCAACUGAUACACAUUUGAGGGACCUGAGAUUGGAAGUUUAUGGUGGAUUGGGUGCUGGGGAAAUUGUUUUCACCUUGGUGACAGCUGUGUUAAUGAACUUAGCUUGUCUGAGGGCUGCAAGAAUUCUGCACAAUGGAAUGUUGCAGCAUAUAAUGCGUGCUCCCAUGUCAUUCUUUGAUACUACACCUCUGGGCCGUAUUUUGAAUAGAUUCUCAAAAGAUAUUGAUACUGCCGAUGUAACCAUUCGCUUCAAUAUCAGGAUGUUAUUGAUCAUGACUUUCCGAGCACUAUCUGCAGUCAUCAUCAUAUCUCUGGAAACACCUUUCUUCCUGCUUGCAUGCUUACCUUUGGCUCUUCUAUAUUAUUUUCUGCAGAAAUUUUACAUACCCACAUCUCGUCAGCUGAAGAGGUUGGAGUCUACUACUCGCUCUCCAAUAUACUCCCAUUUCUCUGAAACUGUAACUGGAGCUUCCAGUAUUAGGGCAUAUGGUGUGGGAAGACAGUUCAUGUACCAUUCUAAUGAACUGGUAGAUAAAAACAAUGAAUGCUAUUAUCCUAGUUUAGGAGCUAGCAGAUGGCUGUCCAUAUGCCUAGAAUUUCUCGGAUAUACAAUCGUACUGUUUUCUGCUGUGUUUGCUGUGCUCACAAGAGAAACUUUGAGUCCUGGUAUUGCUGGUCUUUCCAUCAGUUAUGCUCUUCAGAUAACAGGUAUUUUGAAUAUGCUUGUGAGAGCAACGGCUGAUGUCGAGACCAACAUAGUUGCAGUAGAAAGAUGUUUAGAAUAUACAAAAACUCCCACAGAGGCAGAAUGGUUUAUUGAAGAAACUAAACCAGAUGGCUCUUGGCCAGAUGAUGGAAUGGUAAAAUUUGAUGAUUAUUCUACCUGCUAUAGAGAAGGCCUGGAAUUGGUUUUGAAAGGAAUCUCUUGUGAUAUUCAGCCAAAAGAAAGGUGUGGCAUUGUUGGGAGAACUGGUGCUGGGAAAUCAUCUCUCACCUUAGCAUUAUUUCGCAUCAUUGAGGCUGCCGGUGGUAAAAUUUUUAUUGAUGGUAUUGAUAUUGCCAAACUUGGACUGCAUAAUUUACGCUCAAAGCUUACUAUAAUACCCCAGGUAAGUCUAAUAAUUUUCAUGAUACAUAUUCGCAUGCAUCUCUUUUCUUGGUUGUUUUAG